AUGGCUCCCAAAAUCGAUGAUUCUAUGCCGGCGCGCAUAUCCUCCGAUUGCCCAGACGAGAUUCGGGAAGUCUUGUACCAUGCCUGGGGCCAUGAUAGAAGUGGUCUACAGAGACUGCUAAAAACUACCGGCAAGGCAAAUGCUCAGGACCCCAAGACUGGGGAGACACCCUUACAUGCAGCUAUCCGUGCCUGCGGGCCUGCUUCUGGGGACGAUAAGGACCAGGAAGAGGAUGGCCCCGUCGAAGAGGCUAAAGAGAUAGUUCACGACCUCUUCUUGAGAGGUGCGAUCUGGAACGAUGUCGAUAGCAACAAUGAGACACCAGGGUGCCUUGCCCUUAGGCUUGGCCGCAAGCCUCUAUACAACCUUUGUGUAGAGGCUGGAGUGCGAGCUGAGCUCCUGUUCGCUCUUAUGGGGGAUUAUGAAGCACUAUCAUCUGGUUCAGAUGACGGUGACGAAGAGAUGGAAGCUGAGCAAGAUGGCGAAGAGGCUCCUCAACUGGUAUCCGUUGAAGACACCGCCCCUCAUCCAGAAGAACCCAAGUUCAUUCCUCCCGACGCUCAAGAGAAGCAAGUCACAAGUGAGGAAUAUCUAAAUUCGAAACUUGUGUAUGAUGAUGCCAAGCUCGUCGACUCUGACCUCAACGGUGUCAUGAUGGCAUGGGAGACCGAUAUCAUGCGCCGGUCGGUUGCCGCUCUGAUUCCCGACUCAGCCCCUGGCAAACGUAUCCUGAACAUUGGUUUCGGCAUGGGUAUCGUUGACGGUAUGUUCGCUGAUUUGAAGCCCUCACGCCAUCAUAUCAUCGAGGCACACCCAAGCGUUCUUGAGCACCUCUCCAAGGAUGAAUCCAAGUUUGGCCCUAGUUGGGAGAAGAGCGGCCCUGAAGAGGGCGCCUUUAAGGUGCACAAGGGCAAGUGGCAAGAUAUCGUGCCAAAACUACUGGAAGAUGGUGAGGUUUAUGAUGCCAUUUACUUCGACACCUUUGGCGAAGACUACUCUCAGCUACGUCACUUCUUCUCUGAGUGCAUCAUUGGCAUCAUGGACCAGGAUGGAAAGUUUAGCUUUUUCAAUGGCCUUGGUGCUGACAGAAAGAUCUGUUACGACGUAUACACCAAGGUGGUCGAGAUGCAGUGCGCCGAUGCAGGGCUCGAUGUCGAGUGGGAGGAGAGUGAUGUGGACAUGUCCGGCCUAGAAAAGGCUGGUGAGGGAGAGUGGGAGGGUGUACGGAGACGAUACUGGACCCUAGACAAAUACCGGCUGCCUAUUUGCACAUUUAUGGGCUAG